AUGGCAUUUCGUGCGCUCUCGCUGAUCAAGCCUUUCGUUCCAUUUUUGCCAGAAGUGCAGCUUCCUGGCCGAGAAAUAAACUUUCAGGAAAAAUUCGUGUGGACAGGUGUUGCCCUGCUUAUAUACCUUGUGUCUUCGCAGGUUCCGCUCUUUGGCAUUCUUAACACGAAUUCAGCUGACCCGUUCUACUGGAUGAGAAUGAUGAUGGCAAGUAACAGGGGCACGUUGAUGGACCUAGGAAUAUCGCCUGUAGUCACGUCCAGCAUGAUUAUGCAGAUGUUGAGCAGCCUAGAGAUUGUGCGGGUGAAUAGCAAGGUGAAAGAAGAUCAGACAUUGUACAGCGCUGCCUCCAAGUUGCUGGCGGUGCUGCUUACGGUGGGACAAAGCAUCGUGCAGGUGAGCACAGGGUUCUACGGGCCGACCAGUGAGAUUGGAAUACAGGUGUCCCUCCUGCUCGUUAUUCAGCUGUUCUUCUCCGGCAUCAUUAUCAUCCUGCUUGACGAGCUGUUGCAGAAAGGAUACGGUCUCGGCUCUGGAGUGAACCUUUUCAUUGCGACAAACAUGUGCGAGAGCAUCAUUUGGAAGGCACUCAGUCCUAAGAUGCACACAACCGCCCGUGGGAUAGAGUUUGAGGGUUCGCUCAUCGCGCUCGUCCACCUACUCUUCGUGCGCAAGAACAAGCUGUACGCCCUACACGAGGCAUUUUUCAGAGAGAAUCUGCCGAACAUGAUGACACUCACAUCAACGCUCCUUAUCUUUGCCCUGGUAAUUUAUGUUCACGGUGUGCGCGUGAACCUGCGCACUGAGUCUUUGCAGGUUAAGGGACAGCAGGGUAACUUCCCCAUCAAGUUGCUUUAUUCCUCCACAAUGCCGAUAAUCGUGCAAAACUACAUCAUUUCGCAUGCAUCCACCGUGUCUCGCUUCCUGUACCAGAAAUUCCCCGAUGUUUUCCUCGUACGCCUUCUGGGCGUGUGGACAAUGCGCAGAAGUGGUAAGAUGGUGCCCAUAAGUGGUAUCUGCUACUUCUUGUUCCCUCCUGAUUCACUGAUGGACAUUUUCAGAAAACCCUUCUAUUUCAUGGUAUACACCAGCAUAGUGCUCCUCAGCUCCGCGUUUCUAUCGCGUGCAUGGAUUGACAUGACUGAAAACAAUCAGAACGAUGUUGCGCGAUCGCUCAUAAACAGACGUGUUACCAUUAAAGGCGUGCCUGAGCGUAAUCUAGCGAAUAAAUUAGGUGAGUACAUCCCCACAGCUGCAUUCUUGGGUGGGUUGGUUAUAGGAUUUAUUGUCAUGCUUUCCAAUAUUCUUGAUACGAUAGGAUCUGGAACGAAUAUCUUUUUGGCUGUAUCGAUUGUGUGGCAAUACUGUGAGCUGUUUAAUAAGGAGGCGGCUAAAAGAGGAGGAUUGCUGGUAGUUGACUGAUAAAAAUAAACAGUGUUUGUUUUUC